UGUAGAGAAACAACCACGCUGCUUUCCAUUCUUCUUCCUGAGACAACCACAUCCUCCUCACAAACCCCACAGGCUGCCAUGGAGGGCUCAGAUGUGGAGCUGGACCUGCAGAGGAGUGUGCAGGCUGUGCUACGGGAGCUCAGCGCCCCAGCCCUGCAGAGCAACCAGGGCAUGUGGAGAUGGUCCCUACAUAAGAAGGUGGAUCGAGAUCCUGCUAAGAGCCCAAUGCUGGUGCGCAUUCUGCUCCGAGAGCUGGAGAAGGCGGACAGUGAGGACCACAGGCACGUCAUCAUUCCCCUGCUGCACACGCUAAUGUACGUGCUCACCAAGGCCACGGGUGUCCCUGAGGAGCUGUACUGGAGAAGCUACACCUUGUGCACCCAGCUGCUGACCCUGCCUGCCCCCUAUUGCACAGUCGCCUUGGACUGUGCCAUACAGCUGAAAGCAGAGACCGCCAUCCCAGGGACACUCUACCAAAGGACAGUCAUUGCCGAACAGAACCUGAGGAGUGAAUUGUACCCCUACCAAGAGAGGGUGCUCCUCUUCGUGGACCCGGAGCUGGUGUCCGCCUCCGUAUGCAGUGCACUGCUGCUGGAGAUCCAGGCUGCCCAAGAGCAGCAGAGCCCUGAGUCCUGCAUGCGCCACGUGGUCGCCCAUGCGCUACAGGCCGCCCUGGGUGAGGCCUGCCAUGCAGGUGCUGUGCACCGGAAGCUGCAGGCCAGCUCCCACAGCGACCUGGAGCACUACUUCCACGCCGUGGUGGCCGCUGUGGAGCAGGGGGCCGGCGAGGCCAGCCAGGGCCUGGCGGGACACCUGGAGCGGCUGGAGGAGACUUACCGCUUACUGCUCGGGCCUGCAGCAGACGUCGCGGAGCGCUGCACAGGGGACCCUCUCCAAGACCAGCCACCAGGCAUCCCACUGCCCAGCCCAGCCAUCACUUUCCACCUGUGGACCGGCCAGGAGCAGCUCUGGAAGGAGCUGGCCCGCGUCCUCCGCCUUCCAUCCCAGCUGCGCCUCAGCGCCGAACUGGAGGCCUUGGACCUGCAGGGCCUGGGGCAGGCUCGGAGCCCGGGGCCGGAGCGGAGCCUGGCACGGGAGUCUGUGCUGUCCGCCGACAGCGGCAUCGAGCGGGACCUUCCCCCGGAGGCCGAGGAGGCGCGGGCGCCCCGCAGCCCUGAGCCGGAGCGGGCUGCACUGCGCCGCCAGGGCGGCGUCAGGAAGCGGCUGUGGCCCCCCGACGGCUCCGCGUCCGGCACGCCAGGGCUGCACAGGCGCACGGGCAGGCCCGGCAGGGACUGGGAGCUGCUGCCCGGCGUGGCGCGCGUGCACACCGCCCGCGUGCUGGUGCUGGGGGACGACCGCAUGCUGGGGCGCCUGGCCCGGGCCUACCUCUGGCUCAGGAAACAGGAGUCACAGGAUUUCUGCCUCACCCCGAGACUCAGCCUGCAACUCUACUACAUUCCUGUGCUGUCCUCGCAGGAGCCCACAGUGUCCAGGCAGCCAGAGCUGGGAGAGCUGGCCACGUUCCUGGGCCGGGCAGACCCCUGGUACCAGAGCACCGUCAACACACUGUGCCCGGCCAUCCACAAGCUGGCUGAAAUGCCUCCCUGCCUGGAUACAUCCCACACGGUUAACCCCUUCAUCCUGGAUGCCAUCACUUACUAUGUUCGCAUGGGUACCCAGCCUAUCUAUUUCCAGAUCUACAGGGUCAAGAUCUUCAGUGAUCUGAGCCAGGAACCUACAGAGGACAUUUUCCUCACAGAGCUGAAGAUGAAGAUUCAUGAGCCUAAACCCCCCAAAGAGGGCGCUUCACCCUGGAGGAGAGGGGCAGCAGAGAGCCUGGGUGCCGAGCUCUCCCUGAGCUACCAGAAGGCCCUGCUCAGCCACCGUCCCCGAGAGGUCAUCAUCUCCCUUAGGGCCACUGGGCUGGUCCUGAAGGCCAUUCCUACAAGUAACACUGAAGUCCUCCCAUCUAAUUCCGUUUUGGGGUUCCCUCACUGCCCCCCAGUGGCUGCUUCUGCAAUGGACCACACGUGUCUGAAUGUGAGCGUGGAGGAGGUUGUCAAGUCUUGCCACCUGGCAGGAAGGUCCUUCUCGAUGGCCACGAACACCUUCCGGACCUCCAGUAUCCAGGUCCAGAGCCAGGACCGGAGGCUGAUGACACUGUGGUUGGACAAGGAUGAUCGGCACACAUUCAGGGAUGUGGUUAGAUUCGAGGUUGACCCCUGCCCGGAGCCAUGUUCUAGGACUCCGAAGUCCAAGAUGCCAUGGCUCAAUCCACAAGAGCAGAAGGCGAUGGAAAAGACCAAAGCUAUGCCCAGGCCCCUUCAAAUGCCCAUCAACACCUUCUCUGGCAUCAUCCAGUGAGCCCGCUGCCAGGACAGUGGAAGAAUGGGUCCCAGGGCAGCAGGCUCAACAAGAAACAUGACUCCCAGGCUCUCCAACACUCACACCAACAGCCGAAACAAAGGCCUGACGCCUUUGGAGAGCUCUGGCUUGGACCAGGAGUCUGGGAGUACUUGGGAGCUCAGGACCUGCCCGUGGGGUUGUGUGAUGAUGAAAAAUGCAGACCAGGGUCAGGCGGUGCCUGAGUGGAGCCAA